UUAAGUGUCGUGUUAAUCAAGAAAUUAAUUUCUUUUUUGCAUGUACACCACGGUGCAUAUACAUUUUUACGUGGUUUAGCUCUUAAUAAUCGUAAGCAUUUGCAUUAUUUCCGCUUCGCUAGCCUUUAUUUAAAAGUGUUUACUUAAAAUCAAGCACUGCUUAAUGCUACGAGGGUAAAUAAAUGCUUAAAUACUUUAAUUUUAUAGCUAAACGCUUAAUUUACACGUAAAUAUAUACAUCAUAAAUAAAAGCGCAGCGAUUUCGUGACAUUUAAAUUAUAAUUUGUAUUUCUUUGUUUGUAAAAAGGCUUCUCAUUUUCGUAAUUUACACUUUUAUCUUUAAAACUUUAUUUCUAAAAGCAAAACAUCUUUACGCCCUUAUAAGUUGCUCGAUUUAUUAUCUCUUCGCUUAAAAUUAAAAUCAAUCGUAAACAUAAUUGUAGUAAAAAUCAUUUUGCUAAUUGUUUUCGCCGAACAUUCCAGGCGGACCGAUUACGUAACCGGCAAGUGGCCGUUGCUGUCUGCAUUGUCAUCGUGCACUGUGAAUCGCACGGCGCGGCACCGUGUCUCAGCGUGUCGAGUCGCUCGCGUUAUCGGAGCGCACUGCACACGACACAGUGUCUCACCGUGUCUACACGGCGCGCGGCUGCCACUUCAUUGUAACUGGGCACUUCCUCAUCGGGCGGCCGCUGACGUCACUACCAAGCCCGCAGAAGCCUGAAAACAUGAAAAUUCGUACAAGGUACCAGUUGGUCGAACAGCUCCGGUGCAACUUCUGGGAAAGAUGGAGAAAAGAAUAUCUGGCCGAACUGCAACAAAGAACAAAAUGGCGUUCCCGGCAUAUAAACCUAAAGAAAGGGGAUUUGGUGGUCUUCAAAGAACCUAAUCUGCCACCACUCAAAUGGAGACUCGGCCGAGUUCAGCGACUUUACCCCGGCGAUGACGGAGUGGCCAGAGUCGCCGACUUCCUGACCUACCGAGGCGUUGAACGAAGAGGCGUUAACAAGGUCUGCCCUCUACCAACCACGACGGAGGAUUCUGAUGUCUUGGAAGAAGCUGCAUGUCCUUCCAAGGGCGGGGAGGAUGUCAAGGACCGGUCCUACCGCGUGAGGCGACAGAGGGGAACGCAGGGCGCGGGGGACGACUCCGCGCCAGAGCCUAUACAACCACCAUCACGAUCGCGCGCGCGCAUCCCUCAAGAAUAAUCCGAAAUAAUAACGUUAGCAUGUAACUUUCCGAAAUUAAAUGUUUAUAUCAAGAA